AUGCGGGCGGAGCAACCUGGUAAUAUCACUGUCUAUGCACCACGCCUAGUUGCUGAAGGAAAAGUUAAAGAGGGUGGUCAGUUUAACUUGGAAAGAUUGUUACCUACUGCUGGUUGGGUGAAGCAGGCAUGGGAGCCUUCAGAGGAAGAAUUUUUAUCAAGUUCUGGCUUAGAUGCUUUUGUCUUCAUGCGCAUAUUUAUCUUUAGUUUGAAAGUAUUUGCUGUUGGUGGAAUUAUUGGCAUGUUUGUUCUUCUUCCAAUUAAUUAUGCGGGGAGUCAGCUUAGUGAUGAUUCGGAUUUUCAGCACAAGUCUUUGGACUCGUUCAGUAUUUCUAAUGUUAAUAAUGGUUCAAACAGACCUGAUGACAUUUUUGUCAUCUUUAAGUUAAUUAAAUCCAAGUAUGCUCUCAUUUUAGAUGCAUCUUCUGAUUUGCCUGGAUUUGGAUCUCGGUUAUGGGUUCACUUUUGUGCAGCAUAUAUUUUCACGGGAAUUGUUUGCUAUCUUCUUUUUCGUGAGUAUUUGUACCUUUCAUCCAAAAGAAUUGCCUAUUUCUAUUCAUCCAAGCCUCAGCCUCAGCAGUUUACCAUAUUAGUUAGUGGUAUUCCUGUUACACCUGGAAGUACCUGUCAUGAUACUGUUGAGCGUUUUUUCCUGGAGUAUCACCCUUCUACAUAUCUCUCAAAUUCAGUGAUCCAUCGAAACAACAAACUUCAAAGUCUUCUUAAUGAUGCAGAUAAACUGUACAAAAAGCUUACCAAUCUGAAACAAAAAAAUGAUGCUCCUAAAAGGCAAAGGCGUGAUGGGUGUUUGGGAAUUUGUGGCCGGAAAGUUGAUAUUGUAGAUCACUAUGAAAGGAGGUUGGGUGAUAUAGAAGAUAAUGUGAGAAUGGAACAGUCCUCACUAGAAGCAAAGGAAGUUCGAGCUGCCUUUGUUACUUUUAAGACACGAUUUGGAGCUGCAAUAGCUUUACGCAUUCAAGAAAGUGUCAAUCCUACGGAAUGGGUUACUGAGAAAGUUCCUGAGCCUCAUGAUGUUUAUUGGGCUUUUUUUACCGUUUCAUUCCUCAGAAGAUGGAUCAGCAAGUUGUUUCUGUCAUUUGUUCCACCUAUUAUGAUUAUGCUUUCAUCCAUGCAAGGAUACAUUUCAUGGAGUCAAAUACAAAAAAGUGCAUGCACUAAAGUAUUAUGGUUUACUGUUUGGAACAUUUUCUUUGCAAAUGUACUAUCAGGGUCAGCACUCUAUCGAGUGAAUGUCUUUCUUGAGCCAAAAGAGAUUCCCAGAAUACUAGCGGAAGCUGUACCAUCCCAGGCAUCCUUCUUCAUAGCAUAUGUUGUGACUUCUGGAUGGACCACUAUAGCAUCAGAACUCUUUCGAUUGACUACACUUCUUUCGAAUUUUAUGAGCAGAACGUUUUGUAGAAACAGCAGUGAUGAUUUUGAUCCCCCCUCAAUACCUUACCAUAGUGAAAUUCCCAGGAUUCGUCUCUUUGGUCUUCUUGGUGUAACAUACUUCAUCCUUGCUCCUCUGAUACUGCCAUUUCUCUUGAUCUACUUUUGUUUGGGAUACAUCAUUUUCCGUAACCAGCUGUUGAAAGUUUAUGUGCCAAAGUUUGAGACUGGAGGAGAGUUUUGGCCUACAGUGCACAACUCCACAAUUUUUUCUUUGAUACUGAUGCAUAUAAUAGGCAUUGGUAUAUUUGGUUUGAAGAAGCUUCCUCUUGCAUCCAUAUUGAUUCUUCCUCUUCCAAUUCUCACACUUCUCUUCAAUGAGUAUUGCCAGAAACGGUUCUUCCCUAUUUUCAAAGAGUAUCCUGCUGAGUGUUUGAUUAAGAAGGACAGAGCAGACCAAAACGAGCAUAAUAUGCCUGAAUUUUAUGCUGAGUUGGCCAAUGCAUACAAUGAUCCAGCUCUGAAGCCAAAGCAAAAAGUUCAGUUUUCAAGUGGGUUAGCUUGGCAUGAUGUUCAUGGUGGGGCAUUGGGGGAAUCGCAUUUAUUGACACUCAUCAGCAAUGACGAACACAAAACAUUACACAGAGAGGUUUUGGCUACUCAGGUUGUUUUUCAUGGUGUCUCUCUUGACAACUGA